AAACUUUCCAACACAAAGAUCUUUUCUGGUGGGGAGGGCGGGCACAACGAAUCGGAUAACCCGCGCCUCUCGGUGGGCGUGGCCUCUGAUCCAGCUCUUCCUGCUGACUGGACACGUGGUUCCAUGUCUGCACGCGCCUUCCUGCUCGUGUCAGCGCGAGGAGGUCCCUCCGUUUCCCUCUGCUCCCCUUCAUCCGCUCCUCCUCUCCCUGAGACGUUCACGGCCCGCGGUCGUUCCAGUCUCCGCCCGCGUGUCCGUGCGGGUGUCAAAGAAAGUGAGCGUGCGGGCGCGCGCUGUCCUGCUCCAAAUUUUCGUCAUGACGCUCGAGGCGAUCCGCUACGGGACCGGGUCCCUGCAGAUCCUCAACCAGCUGCUGCUGCCACACCAGACGGUGUACGAGGAGAUCCGCGGCGUGCAGGCCGCCUACGAGGCCAUCAAGGCCAUGAAGGUGCGUGGAGCUCCAGCUAUCGCCAUCGUUGGCUGCCUCAGUUUGGCCGUGGAGCUGCGGGCCGGCGCCGGGGGAGAUGACCCCGUCACCUUCAUCAGGGAGUCUCUGUGUCACCUGACCUCGGCCAGGCCCACCGCCGUGAACAUGGGCCGCGCAGCGCGGGAACUGAUUGAGUUUGCCGAGAACGAGAGCAUGGAGAAGAACUCUGAGCAGCUCAGAGAGAGUGUGAUUGCCUGGAUUGAGGAAAUGCUGCAGCGUGAUGUCAACGACAACAAGAAGAUUGGUAACUAUGGCGCCCAGCACAUCCUGUCCGGUGUCCCCAGAGACUCGGUGAGCGUCCUGACGCACUGCAACACAGGCUCGCUGGCCACAGCUGGAUACGGCACGGCGCUGGGUGUGGUGCGCAGCCUGCACGCGCUGGGCCGCCUGAAGCGUGUGUACUGCACAGAGACCAGGCCGUACAACCAGGGCUCGCGGCUGACGGCGUACGAGGCGGUGGCGGAGGGGAUCCCCGCCACGCUCAUCACAGACAGCAUGGCUGCCCUGACCAUGAGAGAGAUGGCCAUUUCAGCCGUGGUGGUGGGGGCUGACAGGGUGGUUGCCAACGGCGACACAGCCAACAAGGUGGGCACAUACCAACUGGCUAUUGCCGCAAAGCACCAUGGGAUCCCUUUCUAUGUGGCUGCACCCAGUACAUCAUGUGACCUGAGCCUGGAGAGCGGCAGGGACAUCAUCAUCGAAGUGCGUCCCCCCGAGGAGCUGACCAGCAUAAACGGGCUUCCCAUCGCUGCCCCAGGCAUCGAGGUGUGGAACCCGGCGUUCGAUGUCACCCCCCACCAGCUGAUUACAGGAGGCAUCAUCACAGAGCUGGGCGUCUUCCUCCCGUCUGAGCUGCAGGCGGCGCUCACCGGCCGCCUCACUGCCCUCUAGAGCUGACAGCCUCAGCUUUUGUUGCCCCCCCACAACUCACACCACAGACACUGUCUCCAAAAAGCCCCUCCCACCCCCCCACCCCUGCAGCUAAGCUGGACUAAAAUAAAUCUAAAUUUUUGGGUUUUAUUCACAAAAUUCCGGCUUCUUCUGGAGUUGGAAGUCGAGUUGGGUUUCUAAGAUGCUGCUUACACCCCCCCCCCCCCCCCCCCCUGUAAAUAAACACCACCUCCCUGCUGGAUUUGUGUACAUAUAUAGAAAGUUAGGCUCUCCUGAAUCAAGGUCCUCCUCAUUUGUGGAGGAUAAAUUCUGACGUUCACACGUUUAUGUGGAAAAAGAUUUCCCCCUUUCUCUGUAAAAGCUGAGCAGCAGCGAUGGAAGCACCGUUGGUAAAUCUGUCCCUCACUGUUCGUCUGCGGGGCCAAGCGGGGUCUGGGGCUCGGCUCUUUGUCUUGGAGGAAGCGUUCAUCCUGAGCAGCUGGUGUGUCCUGCUCUCUGAAGCCAGGUCUGCUCGAAGCUGCUUUCUUUUGACCCGAAAAUCCAUGCUUGUUUGUGUUUGAACGCGAUUUUUUCUUCUAUUUUAAGAGGAAUCUGUUCUUUUCAGAUCAUCCGUAGCAAUGAUGAAGCUUCUGAACAAACUGUGGCUUUUAUAUUACAUUCACUGAAUCAUGGUUAGGGUAAUUCAACUUCUUUGUUGGACUUUUUAAGAAGCUCAGAUAGUAAACUGGUGUGUUCAUGUAGAGCAGCAGAAGAGCCUCUCGAGGAUUCUGAUUACAGUCCAGGCUUUGGACAAACUUGGUUAAAUGGCUGUGGCUAUUUUUGGUUUUACUUCUUCGUUCAGUUUGCAGAGUGAGUGCUCUCUCUUCCAGAUUUUUAGACAAAAUAGAUGUAAUCCAAACACUAGUAUGCCAGGCUUUUCAUUGCAGCUGGUUGGCUCUGUUGGUUAAGUGCAGGACUGGCUCAUGCAAAACAAGCAAAGACUUUGUUUCCCACGGGGCGUGAUGAGCUACAUCCAAUGUGGGUCCUUUAGCAAGACCCUCAGCGCUGCUGCCCAACUAUGUAACCACAAAGAGGCCCACGUCUGGGUCUCCCUGUGCCAGUCCCCAGCCUGGAAAAAUAUAGGGUUGUGUCAGGAAAGGCAUCCGGCAUAACAAUUUCUGCCAAACCACCUUUGCGACUUAGUGAAAGGUGAUUUGCUGCGGCGUCCCCUGAAGGAAAUGCCGAAAUGGGAAUAACACUAGUAUGUCGGGCUUUGUGCACCCAUCCAACUUCUGCUAGUGUGGAUUGUGAAUGAAACUGUUAAACGUAAAAGUCACAGCAGCUAACCCACCAUAUGCUCAAAAAAAAUCAAACCCCUAACCAAAGCAGUUAAUGAAUAUUGAUCCCGGACAAGCCCCCAAUCUAGACACAGCCCUUUCUGUAUGUGGGAAACUGAGGCAUAACCUGAAGAAAAGAUCCCAAUCCCUGCACUUUAAUCAGAUUACUUCAUAUAAUUGGCAGAUUCAUAAUAAAGUUUUUUUCUCUUCUUUAGGGACAAAUAAAAUGAUGACAGAAAGUUAAUCAAUGGGAGGGAACUAAGGUCAACAUAACCCAACCCUAGCCUCUAAAGCAUUGACUCUGCAAAAUGACUGAACUGAAAAGACAAACUAAAUGCACACCCAUGCACAUGACUCCAGACUAGUGCUCCUGGAUCUGAUAGAGAUAGGCGAAAAGCAAAGUCGUUACCGAGCAGUACCAGUGAUUCCGGUGCACAUCACCUGUUCAUCUGGGAUUUUUUUUAAAGAAUUUCUCCGUCAGCCUCUUCUUUAGGGAAAGAAAUGAAAGAUUCACUUUUGAACGCUGUUCAAGUGGUGAACUGCUCCUUUAAGAGUGGACCGAGUCUCCACCCACCCCUCUGAAUGUACAACUGCCUCACACCAACUUCAGUUUGGGGAUUUUCAGCCACGUCUCCCCCUUCUGCUCAGUGUGCUCUGACACCCCCCAACCCCCCCUUUUUUCCACACCCACCCACAAAGCUCACUGUGGCCUCAGCCUCACAGCAGAAGUCACCAGAGAAACUCUGAAAACUGAAAACCUUUCAGGCCUUGAUCUGGGAGUUUUCAGGAAGAUUGGAGCUUUGAUCUCUGAGCUCACCUGAUCCUGAUGACAGAUGUUCCACACUGCCCCCUGCUGCACGCAUGCAGUAUGACAAAGUUAACGCCUCUUUUCUACCUAACCUGAAACCUUCUGGAUUAGUUGUCAGCUUGUUCCACUUGGGUAGAGUGAGCCCAUCUUUCAUCUGGACUCAGAGUUGAGUCAGCACUUUGCAGUUUAAGAUCUUCACGCAGCUGACCAUGCCUGUCAGAGAGGAGGAGAAGAUUGUUCUUGUUGUAAGUUCUACAGAUGGACAAUCUUCUGUUCUGUCUGCCUCCAUUUAGCAACAGCCUUUGACAACAGAGGCUUUGUCUGAUGGGCUCCGGUUUAGAGGAUGACCACAAAAAGAGAAACUCUACAGACCAGUUUUGUUUGUAUAGAUCAGCUACUUCUUUGAUUGCUCAGCAUUUCUUUUUUUAGGCCCGCUCCUAACCUUUGACUUUGAAAAGGUGAAGUGGCUCCUCGCUUUGGCCCAGGAAAGAGGUGGAGCUUGUUAAAGUAUGAGAAAGAUGAGAUCUGGUGCCGAGUUGAAGUCUGGUUAUGAAGUAGAAUGGGAACCAGCCUGGUAGAAAAGGGGAUUGGAAGCCCACCUUUGGUUCCUCUCAUUAUUUUAACUAGAUCUCCUUGGAAACAUCAGACACAGAUACCCUGACUUUGUCGUGGCUCUUCCUUAUAACAGGCUUUUAAAAACUUUCACUUCCUGGAACAGCAGCGACUUUUGUUUUGAUAUUUAUAAGACGGAUGUAAAGUCCCACAUAUUGGACUUUUCUUUUGAAAAACUGCCCAGUGUGGGUUUGUGUGGAGAAAAGGCUGAGAAGAAGAUUUGCUUCAUGAAAGAAGAUAUUGCUCACUGUAAAUGUUCAUUUCACACACAGACUUCACUUUUCACAAAAAAAAAAAAAACUCUGGAAGUGCAGGGAAAGGCAGACGGCUGCAGCAGGACUCUCCUCAGCUGGAUGUAAGUUCUCACUCGUCUUUUUGGCCGUGGAGCUCCACACAGAAGCGGCGCCGUGGCUUCGGUGAAGCUCCUGACCCGUAGCAGCUCUCAGUUCACCUUUCUGGCCACAGCAGAAAGCUUCUGUUUGUCCAAACACGCCGGGAAGGCUCCUCCCACACACACUCUACCUCGCCAUCUGUCUGCCCGGAUCAGAGCUGAAGCACGUGCCAGACCCCCACCUUCAGUCUGACUUCCCUGACCUGCAGCCAUCAGGGGGCGUGGCGGCGCCGUGGCCAACCAAAGCAGGUGCUGGAAGGAGUGUGUUCGAUGGCCUCUUCACGUGCACGUGUGUCACUGUUGUUGAGAAUCACUUGAUGCUGAUUUUAUAAUGUCGUUUCAAAAUGGAUUUUUAUCAAACGGAUCUGAACCUGUCAUUUUCUUUUUCACAUCUGUAGAAAGAAUAAAACCACAGCGAAGCUGC